GUGUUAUUUGGUCUUGUUAUUUGUCUAGCCAGAGUUACAUCCGAGCUUUAAAAUAGACGCGCAUGUUCAUAUACCCCAUUAUGGGGUAUAUAAACAUUAAGUCCAGUGUUUGCCUUAUUGGGUGUAUUGUGUAUCACGAUUGGACGUUUUUUUUUUUUGAGAAGCAUGAAGAAAAAACUCCCCGCCAUAUGUGAUCAAGGACUUGCGAAGCAACGUUUAUAGGUGUAAACUAAUCAACCGCGAGUUUUUCUCCACAGUCAGGGUCAGAUGGUGCAAAUUACACAAUGCUGUAAAUAUGACUUCAGCAGCAGCUCUAGGAGUAAACCCCAAUCCCGACAGAGGUAUUGGCUUAAGCCAUCUGCUGGGUACCGAGUAUGAAAGGAAGAAGCAGAAACUUCAGCGGGAGCUCCAGCUGGACUACAGAAACUAUAUAUCCAGGAAAACGGAUCUGAAAAGUAAAGAGCCUCAACAACAACUUGAUGGAGUGUCACUACCGAUUGAUGAGAGGAUAUCUGUAAAGGAAAAACUGAGAGAGGAGAGAAAUAAAGAAUACAACCUCUUCCUCCAAGAACAAGCUCAAAUCAGAACGGUAAAGAGGAGAACGUCUUCUGUCAGUCCCAAGCCUGGACAGAUUCACGCUUCAGAUGGCUUGAAAAUUUCUCCCCCAGCCUCUCCCCUGUCAUCCCCUCACAAACAUACCCACACAAACAUAGUCCCCAGUCACAAUGAGAGGAAAGAUGCUUCCACUCUGACCGAGGUGUUCAACGAUGGAGAAAUCAGGAGUCCAGUUCAGAGGCGGCGAAGACGCUGUCAAAUCUUCAGAGCAGAGCCCUACAGCUCUGAAGACGAGCUAAACACAGACAGAGGGGAUGAGUUUGAUUUGAGAUACAGGAGGAGGAACGACAGGCACACUCAAGAGCCUGGGUACAAAGAGGAGAUGACAGCGCAAGAGUGCAGAGUGAAGAAGGCUUCUCAGGACAUAAAGGAGACAGCGGCUCCUACAGUUUCUCAUCAGAAGACCAAUGACACAAUUUGGAAGUCUGAUGUUCAAGUGCCAGCCAGCAUGAAGAUGGCUGCAAGAUCUGCUGUCAGGAAGGAUAAGGCUGAUUUUGCUACUGGACUGUUGAUAGGAAUAACAGAAGAGCAGGAGACAACUCAGAUGAGGAAAGAACAAUACAGGCAGGAGUUACUGAGACAAAUUGCUGAAAAGCAGAGGAAGAAGAUGGAGGAGAAAAGACUUGAGCUGAGAGUUGACCCUGAGAAAGAGCCUGACCGAAUACAGCAGCUAGGGUCUGUGAAUCGUCACUAUAACAGCCUGAGCCAGGAUGUUCUUCACAAGCUAGGAAAAGAUCUAGAGGCCGAAGGGAAGCACCUAAAUCCCAGUCUUGAAAAUGGCAAACCCACUGAGAAUGCAGAUGAGAGAGCCCCCCCAGGAAAGUCCCAGGUGGACUUGAUUACAGCUCUCAGACAACUGUCUGGGAAGACUGUGCCUUCAAAUGGGAUGGAAUUACCGCAAGGUGUCCCCUCACUGGACUAUUUUAGUGAGGACUACCACAGAGACUUCUCAAACAUCCUAGGAGAGGUGACCAUCCCAAGGGUUGCGAGUGUUGCUCCUCCUUUACCUCCCAUUGUACCUCACAAUUACAAGACUCCAUAUGAUGCAGAUUAUUACUACUAUGGAACCAGGAAUCCAUUAGAUCCUCAUCUUCCUCACAAUCCAAAUGGUCUGCCCGGGGGGAAUCGGCAGUCUGAGAAUUCCAAGAUUCUGUCUCAGAGAAUGCGUCCUCUCAGAUCCAGUGGCCAAAAUGAAGAAACUCAUCAACAUGGAGCAUCUGCUCUGGUUUUUGAAGAACUUCAUGCAGAAAAGUCAAAGCAGAGGAGAGAGAGUGUACUGAGCUACCAAGAGACACUCAGACAGCAGAUUAAAGAAAGAGAGGAGCACAGAAGACUAGAGAAAGAAGAAACAGCACGACUCAAUGCCAAGAUACAGGCUGAGAUGAGGGCAUACAACCCCUGGGGGAGAAGUGGAGGAGGAGGCGCUCCAAUUAGAGACCAAAAAGGCAACCUUGUUAGUGACCUGAAUCACAUGCACAGGAUCAAUGAGGCAUCAUAUAGGAAUCCUGUGCCCACUCCUGGCACUGAAACUAGUUCUCCCAUUUCCCAUCGACUAACAGGUUUCAAGGAUGAGACACUUCAACAGCAGGACAGUUACAGAGCAGCCCUGAAACAGCAGAUAGAGGAAAACAAGAGAAAACAGCAAGAGGAAAGAGAACAGAUUAGAAUUGAGGAGGCGAAAGAAGAGAAGAGGCUCGCCAUGCAGAGGGCACGCUUACAGGAGGAAUAUGAGGAGGAGCAAAGGAAAGAGAAAAGGAGGACUGAGCAUAAGCUGAAAAACCAAGGCUGGAUCCAUGAAGCUGAAACACAUCGCCAGAAGCAAGAAAAGGUGGUGAUGCAGGAAAAAGAGACUAAGAAGGUACCUCAGACCACCAGGGUGGAGAAAGACUCACGGUUGAAUUAUGAGAGGCAGCCCUCUCCGCCUAUCCCAACCUUGCAGAAAAAGCUGGCAAAUCUUGCGCCAUAUAGGCCCUCCUCUGUUUUGAGCCAGCGGUCAUCCAGAACUAAUCGCUCAGUGUCAGCACCGCACCACCGACCACCCGAUGAAAUUCCCAGCCAGCAGGAUGAUCAACAGGAAGUAAUCAGAAAGCUGUCAGCCCUCCGUGGUUAUCUGAGGAAAGAGCAGCGACAACUGGAGGUUCAGAUGGGUCGCACGGAUUCACACGAGACCCACUACAAUCUGGUAAACAGAAGACGACCACAUAGAGAAUCUGCACAUAGAGAAGCUGUCCUGUCUUCAGCUAGGAGUCCUUCUCCAGCUGAUGCACAUGCUAACAGGCAAAACAUCAGGGAGUUCAUCCAGCUUAAACACAGAGACUUCUUGGGCCGUCAACUAGGUCAUUAUUAUCCUAUCAAGAACCCUGGACGUGCCACUCACAGAAACCCCAUAUUGCCAUCAGAGAGUUCUUUUAUUGGUUACAGUGGUGAGGCACGUGAGCAGAGAUCCCUUCAACCAUCAGCAGAGCACCAGGAGAGGACGGCACUUAACUAUGAUGAGGUGGCUGACAAGGGGGGUGAUAAUCUGCCAGCAGUACCCAGUCACAACAACCAGAACAAACGCCACAUUACGAGGCCAGACUCCCACUCUGGUGAUCACAGCGUAAAAGACUGGCUGCCCGGUGAUGAAGCGGACAUGUCGUCGCUGGGCUCUGCCAUGGGGAGGCGUGUCUCUGUGGACACUGUUGCCACGGAACUGUGGCUGCGGCCCGGAACGUCAGACGCUGUAAAGCAGUGAGGCUGUAGCAACAGGAUAAACAGGCGGAUGGGAGCUCCACACAGACUUAAACACUGCAUUGCACAGCUCCCAUUGGUGGCUCUCUAAACUGGAAAUGCACAGCCACCUUUUCUGCAAAUGCAGGUGGGGGUUCUCAUGAGAACUGAUGUCCUUCCUGUGCAGUGCUUUACUGACUUACACUUUACUUGUGUGCUGUUUCUAUUUGCUCUCAUUGGAGACCAGAGUCUGUAAAAACAUUAAUGACUAUUAGAUCACAGAAGAAACAGUUAAUACAAAACUCACUGUGGCCAAUUCCUCUUUACCUUCUACAUUUAGCACAUUAGCAUUUUGUAAAGGUGGGAUUCAGUUAAUGAAUAAAGUCAUGGUGUUUUUGAGCAAUAAAAAUGUUACUGUAA